UUCCAUUCCCUCUGCUUUUUAAAAACACCAAACCAAAUUCAAUCUCACACCAUUACCAAAAACAAUCACAGCUCAAGACAUUUACAACAGUACUACGUUCGUACAAUUUUUGGUUCACUAAAAAUAAUCGAAGUAUAUGGCUUCUGAUCAACUUAGUCGCAGAGACAACACCAAAGACGAGAGAGGUAUCAACGUAGAGAAAGACAGAGUACCAAAGAUGACUAGCCAUUUCGAGAGUUUAGCUGAGAAAGCUAAAGGUUCGGAGGAGAGUCAUGGUCAUCAUGAGUUUGUUUCACUUUCUGAUAAGGAUAAGCAGAGAGAUUCGAACCUUGAUAAGGCGAGGGAUGCAAAUAUGGUGCCUGACAAAGACGCCGAGGCUGCUAAAAGGGGUGUGGGGAAGUUUGAAGUGAGAGCUAGAGAAGAAAAGGGUUCUUCGGACAAAGGUGAUAAGGCUGGAGAUAAGGACAGAGAGACGAGUAAUGUAAUGGGGGGAAGUCAACAAGGAAAGAGCACGGAGGGAAACAAAGAGCAGUACUCGUUGGAAGAGAUGUCGAAGCUUAGAGGUGAAGCGCAGCAGAAAUCUAAUGACGCGAUACGGGCAGCUGAAGAGAAGUAUAGGAAGGCUUUACAAUCUGUGAAACAGGAGUUUGGUGAAAAGGGUGCUCAAGCAAAGGACACUUGCCUUGAACAUGCACAUAACCUUGUAGACAAGGGACAUGCUGCGAAAGAAACCGCCAUUGGGAAGGCGCAGCAAGGCGGCGCGGCGGCCAAAGACACCAUCGUUGGCGCAAGCAGGGCUGCCGUGGAUUACACGGUGCCGGCGGUCGAAAAGGCUAAGGACUAUACCAAGCAGAAAGCGGCAGAGACGAAGGAGGCGGCUGUGUCGACCGGGGGCAAAGCUAAAGAUUACACCGUGCAGAAAGCAGUAGAGGCAAAAGAUGCCACCGUGGACACUAGUAAGGAGGCUGCCGAGUAUGCGAGCAAAACGGCAGCUAGUGUGAAGGACAAAGCGGCUGCAGCGGGCUGGACGGCAGCGCAUUACUCCACCGAGAAGGCUGUGGAUGGGACUAAGGCUGCGGCCAGAGUUGUUAGGGAUGCAGCAGAGUAUGCUGGCCAUAAGGCGGUGGAGAUAGCGGCCGUGCCAUUCACUGCCGCUAAGGAUAUGGCUUUCUCGGCGGGUGAGACUGCAAAGGAGUACACUGCUCGGAAGAAAGGAGAGGCACAGAGAGGAUUGGAAACUAAAAAGAUGUCUACUGAAGGACAGGAAACGUUUGAGAGCGAAGGCGAGAAGAAAGAGGAGUCGAGAGAGCAUCAGGAAAUGGAAACUUCAGAAGUGAGAGACAAAGGAAAAUCUGAUCAGGACAUGGCCAGGGAAGCAGCCUCCUAUGGAGUCGAAGAACUUGGCAACGAGAGAGCAACAAAGGGAACGAGUAUGCUGGGAGCCAUUGGCGAAACUAUAGUGGAGAUAGCACAGACCACCAAGGAGCUCGUCAUUGGGGAAGACGUCAACCCACAACAAAAGAGAGACCAAAGAUCCAAGUCAUAAUAGCUUUGCGCAGUCCAUUGAAAGUCACCAGCUUGAAGCAGAUCGAGGAAUAUGAGUGGUGCUUAUGAUAAGUUUGGCAAAUAAGUCUUUCCUUUGCAUGGUCUUUCCUUUUUUGGAAUAAUAAAUUCGAGUCACGUUAAAUCUUAGGGUAAAGUCCAUAUACUUUUCUGCAUUAUAUAGUUCUAGUUUCCUGUUCAUGAUUUUGACUAUCAGUAAAUAAUUUCCUGUAUGAACCGUGUUCUUUAUAAAGUUACUUUGUUUGUUAGGUAAA